GUUGGAAGUACUGGAGCAGGGAAGCAGCUCUGGGAACGAUUUCCUGGCUGCUGGGGGCGGCACUUUUGGAAAAAUCAAGCAGCCCUUAGAACGAGCAGACGAGCACCUGAGAGCAUGCAAGGUUUACCUUUGAGUCAUUCAACGAUAAACUUGCACAUUGUUGGGGCAAGGCUAAACUUUUUUUCUCGUGCUGCUGAGCGUCGUGAACUCCAGCCGGCUCGGCUCUCCCCAGCAGCAAGCUCCAGAGGAUCACUGCGGGCAUGCCGUAGCCUCUGCGGCAGCAAUGCAGAGGCACCCCAGUGGGACCUGAGUGCGUCUUUAGCCUCGUCCUGAGAAGAUGGGAGGUCCCUGGAGGAGCAAGGUCCUUCUCGCCACUCCUUGGAGCUUCUUCCCCUGCAUCACAUCGCUACAUGACUGCUUAAAUUGCACAGCCCAAACGUGAAGUGGAAGGGGAAGGACUUGUUUGAUUUAGUGUGCAGGACGCUGGGACUCCGGGAAACCUGGUUCUUUGGCCUUCAGUACACCAUCAAGGACACGGUGGCUUGGCUCAAAAUGGACAAGAAGGUGCUGGAUCAUGAUGUUCCCACCGAGGAGCCAGUCACCUUUCACUUCCUGGCCAAGUUUUAUCCUGAGAAUGCGGAGGAGGAGCUGGUCCAGGAGAUCACCCAGCACUUGUUCUUCCUGCAGGUAAAGAAGCAGAUUUUGGAUGAGAAGAUCUAUUGCCCUCCUGAGGCUUCAGUGCUCCUGGCUUCCUAUGCUGUCCAAGCCAAGUACGGCGACUACGACCCCAACGUGCACAAGCGAGGCUUCCUGGCACAGGAGGAGCUGCUGCCGAAGAGGGUGAUAAACCUCUACCAGAUGACUCCGGAGAUGUGGGAAGAGCGAAUAACGGCCUGGUACGCCGAGCACCGCGGCAGAGCAAGAGAUGAAGCUGAAAUGGAGUAUUUGAAGAUAGCUCAGGACCUGGAGAUGUAUGGAGUGAACUAUUUUGCAAUUAGGAAUAAAAAGGGCACUGAACUGCUGCUUGGAGUUGAUGCCUUGGGUCUUCACAUUUACGACCCAGACAACAGGCUGACCCCCAAAAUCUCCUUCCCCUGGAACGAGAUCCGGAAUAUUUCCUACAGUGAUAAAGAGUUUACAAUUAAGCCGUUGGACAAAAAGAUCGAUGUUUUUAAAUUCAAUUCAUCAAAGCUGCGUGUGAAUAAGCUGAUUCUCCAGCUGUGUAUUGGGAAUCACGAUCUCUUCAUGAGGAGGAGAAAGGCAGACUCGCUGGAGGUGCAGCAGAUGAAGGCGCAAGCCAGGGAGGAGAAAGCCAGGAAGCAGAUGGAACGGCAGCGCCUGGCCCGAGAGAAGCAAAUGAGGGAAGAAGCUGAGCGGACGAGGGAUGAGCUGGAGAGAAGACUGAUGCAGUUAAAGGAGGAGGCAACAAUGGCCAACGAGGCUCUGAUGAGGUCUGAAGAGACAGCAGACUUGCUGGCUGAGAAGGCCCAGAUCACAGAGGAGGAGGCCAAGCUCCUGGCUCAGAAAGCAGCCGAGGCCGAGCAGGAGAUGCAGCGAAUCAAAGCCACAGCCAUCCGGACGGAGGAGGAGAAACGGCUGAUGGAGCAGAAGGUGCUGGAGGCAGAGAUGUUGGCACUGAAAAUGGCCGAGGAGUCUGAGCGGAGGGCGAAGGAGGCUGAUCAGCUAAAGCAAGACCUUCAGGAAGCUCGAGAGUCUGAGCGGAGGGCAAAGCAGAAGCUUCUGGAGAUCACCAGCAAGUCCUCGUACACACAGUCUGUGAACUCCAGUACGACAGCGCUGCCCACUGACCUGCCGAGCUUCAACCUCAUCAGUGAGAGCCUCUCCUUUGACUUCAAGGAUACAGACAUGAAGAGGCUUUCGAUGGAAAUCGAGAAGGAGAAGGUCGAGUACAUGGAGAAAAGCAAACAUCUGCAAGAGCAACUGAAUGAGCUGAAGACAGAGAUCGAAGCACUGAAGCUGAAGGAGAGAGAGACGGCGCUGGAUAUAUUGCACAACGAGAACACCAGCCGAGGCAACAGCAAGCACAACACUAUUAAAAAGCUCACCCUGCAGAGCACCCAGUCCCGCGUGGCCUUCUUCGAGGAGCUCUAGGACCCGCCGCUACCGAGGACACGCAUGCGGGGGCCGCUCCCGGACGCCGCCGGACCAGCGCCAGCUCCGGGCUCACCCAUCCUCCUCCCUGCCCUGUGCACCCUCGGGUUUUUUUUCCUCAUUUCCUUGCCUUUCUUUUUUUUUUGUUUUCUUGCAUGGUUUUUUUUUUUGUUGAGCCCUCCGGGCUUUUGCAGGCCGGCGGCUGGGGGAUGCUGGAGCUGUCGCGUCUUCCUCCUCUUCCUCCUGCUCCUCGCUCCGCCAGCCCCAGGGGCCAGCGAACGGGAGACCAGCCCAUGCCAACCCCAUGCAAUCAUUUUUUUCCCUGCAAACUGUGACAAAGCUGAGGGCGACUUGGGGCCGGGCUCCAAGCGGCGGCCGGCGCCAGGGUAAAGCCCCUCAGCGGCUCCCAAAUCCGGCCCUUGGGGGCAGUGGGGGGGCUCGGCGCCGCGGCCCGGCGUUCGGCACGGCCCCCGGCCCUUUUAUUUAAACACUCGCUGCCUUGUCUCGCCUCCCCCCGCGAAACCCAUUGCCGCGGUCGGGGCGGAUUCGAAGCCUUUUUUUCUAUUCCCGGGGAUCGUUGUACUCGAGAAAUAGCGGGUUUUGGCCUUGGUUUUAAUAAAAAUUCAAUGCACUAGGAGGGGUCGCUGA